AUGUCCAUCUUGGUUCCUGCCUUGAGAUGUGGAGCCUGUGGCAGUGGGUGGCCCUUGUUUCUGGCAAUGAUGUCUGGCUCACAGGUGCAUUGUCAAUUUCUUAACUGCACUUGUCAGAAAAGGGCGCAGCACUGCUUUUGCACCUGCAAGGACGGCACGGACAUGCAUGCGUUUGUCUCAGUUCCCAGGCUGGGGGGUUUGGAGGUGCAGUGGCCUACUGAAUUCUGCAUGCCAGACUGUUUUCUUUCCAUUUCCCACCAAUGUGCACAUGGUUUGGAUGAGCAGGUUAGACGGAAUUGA